CCACAUUUUGCCCCCGCCGGUGAAUUUUAUACCAUUUACUGCAGUCAUGGCGCCUCUUACAGCGGAGGAGCUCGUUAAGCAUCCUGCGUAUAGCACAGUCGAGUGGGAACUUCAUCCAACGACGUCCGGAAAACAGGCAGUGGCCCAAAACCGUCGGGGAGGGCCGAUCAAUCUGUACUAUGAACUUCACGGGACGGGACCAGUGAAGCUCGUCUGGAUUAUGGGCCUCAACGGGACGCUGAAGGACUGGCGACGCCAGACCAGAUACUUCGGGCACGAGCACGCAUCGGAAUACACCUGCCUGGUGUUUGACAACCGUGGCGUUGGCCUUUCAGACAAGCCGGUCUGCUUCUACUCGACCUCCGAAAUGGCCCAGGACGUCGUCGACCUGGUCAACUCGCUGGGAUGGAUCGACCUGGCCGGACCGCCCGAGCGAUCAAUCCACGUCAUUGGUGCCAGCAUGGGCGGCAUGAUUGCCCAGGAGGUCGCGAUGCUCAUCCCCGAUCGCUUAGCGAGCCUGACCCUUAACUGUACAGCGCCGCGGCUGGUUCGGACGACUCCGUUCGUGGAGAACCUGCGACAGCGGGCGAACAUGUUCAUUCCCCGCCACAUCGAUGUGGAGCUGGAUCGGCUUGCGAAGAGCAUUUUUGCCGACGAUUUUCUCGCGGAGCCAGACACCGAAUACGAGGACCCGAAGAAGAACUUUCCGACCAAGCGCGAUCGCUUCGCCGCGAGCGUCAUCCGGAAGCGUACCAAAACAGACGAGUACACCAAGAAGGGCUUCAUGCUGCAGAUCGUCGCCUGCUACUUCCAUCACAAGUCGGCGGCGCAGCUGAAGACCUUAGGGGAUCGAGUAGGCAGAGACCGGAUCGCGGUGACUCAUGGCACAAAGGACAUGAUGCUGACAUUUCGGCACGGGGAGAUCUUACGGCAGGAGAUCGGCGACGGGAUCACCUGGAAGGUCUUCGAAGGGAGCGGCCACAUGCUCGGCUGGGAACGUGAGAACGAGAUCCACGAGUUGAUUGAGGACUUGGUGGCCCGAUGCAAUUAGAGGGCGUUAUUGAGCGCGAGCGCAUACGACAUUCCCCCACAUGACUGCAUUAAUGAUUAUACUGUACAUUAGAC